AUGAAAACAACGACGAAUAACAUACCCAAAGAUAUAUGGGGAAGUAAUUUCGACGAAGAUAUAUUGACAACCGGAAAUGAUACGGAUGACGAUUAUAAUUUUUAUCAACUCGAUAUCGAUUAUCCGGAAGAAGAAGUUUCAGAUUUGAGAAUGUUUCAAAAUGGCUGCGGCGGCGGUGGCGGAAGUACGGAUUUUAAUAAUUAUUUCGAUACGUCCGAGGGUAGUUCUUUGGAAAAUGAUUUUACAGAAUUCAACGCAAACGAUUACGUACAACGUCAACGUCAUCGUUAUUCUCAAAACAAUCAAGAACAUUCUGGAAAAUUAAUUAUGAACGAACAAUUGAAAAAUUUUUAUAAACAAAAUCGUAGGAUUUUAAUGGAUCAAUCAAUGGAAAAAAAAAAAUAUGAAAAAAGAUCUCAAAAAAAUAAUAAUAAUUCAGAUAAAUUAUCGAGUUUUUACGAAGGUCCUGCUGCUGUUGGUGCUGUUGGUGGUGGUGGUGGUGGUAAUCAUCGACCCGUUGAUUUGACUCAAUUUGAUGACGUAAUUGGAAAACAAAAAACUAAAAAAUUAGAACAGCAAAGAUUUAAAAGAAUCAUGAUGAAAGAUGGCGGCGGAAUACUGGAUCAAAAUUGUAACGAUAUGAUUAUUGAUAAAAAACAAAUUUGUAAAUACGAUCAAGAUUUUGAUUUAAGACAACAACAACAACACCAUAGACACAAUAAUGGAGAUUGUUACGAAUAUCAUCAUCAUCAUCAAACAAAUGAUGACGGAAGGAAAAAAAUUUUAAAUAAAACACACAAACAGCAAAAUUAUAAAAAUCAACAAAGAGAUUCUAGAAUUUUUAAUAAUAAUAAUAAUAAUAAUAGUAAGGAUUGUUUUACUUAUGAUUUAUCACAAAACGAUUAUAAAAAUCAUUUGAAAUGUGGUAAAAGGAAAACUCUCGAAGCUGUCGAAGAACAACAAGAACAAUUAAGCGAUUCGACCUAUGAACUUUUAUGUCCGAAAUUUUCAAGUCAUACAAUGCCGGAUGAUUUGUUAGAAUAUAAAAAUAAUGAGAAAAUACGUAUUAAUAAUGAUGAUAAAUCAAUGAAUCACACGUACUGGACGAGUUGUAGGAAAAAUUUUGGUGAUAAUAAAAUGAUAAGAACUCAAAGAUUACAUAAAAUGAGAUCGAGAAGAACGAGAUUGAAUCGUUUGAAAAACGGUUGGAAAAAAGCAUUCGUGCAUACGGUCAGAGAUGGAAAUCGUAACGAACAAUUAGGUGUUAUUAUUAUGGGACCGGAAGGACCUGAAUUUUACACGAAAAAUCAAAAUAACAUGAUGGAAAAAGAAGAAAAUAUAAGAAACGUUUCUUAUCAUUAUCAAAAUAAUAUGGUAUCGAGAGUACCCAAAUUGAUAAAACCCCCAAGAGAAAGAAAAAUAAGCGAAGAAUCUAAAAACGUGGCAGAUGCAUUAAAUCAACAAGCGAAGGAAUAUAAAGAAAAUCCUCCGAAAAACGAAGAUGAAAAUUUUUUAAAUUCAUUAAAAGAAAUAAAAGAAAAAUAUCCGCCGAAAGAAAUAUCAGAAGAAACGGCAAAUGCUAAUUUAUCAUUAUGGGAUCUCGUUGAAAAUGGCGGAGCUAUAUCGAUAGAAGAAUCUAAAAAUUUACAAAAUUUAUUCGGUAAAGUUUUUAAUAAAAAUUCUAAAACGAAUCGAGCGACGGAAACGGUUCCACCUGCUGCUCCCCCAUCUCCUCGUCCUCCCGUUUCCGUUUCCGAAACGUAUUCAAAUCAAAAUACAGGUUUUAAUGAAAAUUCAUCGCCACGUGGCAACACGACGAUCGAAGAUUACAAAUCGAAAGAAAAAAAUUAUAAAAAAAAAACCGUUGAAGUUAACGAAGCAGACGACGAUGACGAGGAAGAUGACGACGGUGCUGCCACCGCUACCGCCGCCGGUGCCAAAGCGAACCAAGAAAAUGAUAAAAAAAAUUAUAAGAAAAAACAUCACCAUCAUCAUCAACAUCAUGGCGGCGGUGAUGAAUCCGAAACGACGACGGCAUUUUUAAACGAAUCAGCAGAAAACGAAGCAGCACAUUUAAAACAAUUAAAAAAAUACAUAGAUAAAUUUAUAGAAAGAGUCGAAGCAGCAGCACAUACGGAAUGUAGCAACAACAACAAACGAAAGAAUAAAACAAAAAUUGAUUAUUCAACAACGACAAACAGUAGCACGGAGGUUAAAGUCGAUGCUAAAAAAAUAUUAGACAUUGUUGUUAACGAUCCAUAUAAAACAUUAUCCUCUGAUGUAACAAUAAACAUAGCAAAAAAUUUAACGGACGCAUUGGUACAAGAUAAAUUAAACAAUCACAACAACCACCACCACAACAACAACAACAACAGCAACGUUACAAAAGGAAUAAUAAUAAAAACAAAUAAAAAAAAUUCAGAUUUCGAAACGGAUGAUGAUAAGUUAUCACGUUGCGGUGCAACUUCCGGAAGUGAUCGUUUUGAAGAAACCGAACCGCCAUAUUUGAAACAAUUGAAAAAAAUGAGAAACGAACAUUUAACAAAUAUACUUUUGGAAGUGAAAAGAUUAAGCGAACUUUUAAGGUAG